AUGGUCCAACUACAUAACUUUUUCUUUUUCAUUACUUCCAUGGUCGUGCCUCAUGGCACGGCAGCACCCGUACUAUUGAAAUGGUUCGUCAGUAUAGAUGUUUCCACAGGUGCCCCUUCUUCUAAUGGUACUAUAAUUCCUAUUCUUAUCCCUUCAGUCUCUCUUUUGGUCUAUCUACAUUCCAGGAAAUUCAUACGCUCCAUGGACGGAGCAAAAAGCGGAGUCUUCAUUAUAGCGAGCCAACCUAUUCUAUUACCAUACAUCCUUGGGAGAAGCUCAUCCGAAACUAGAGCUAGAAAGGCCUUAUUUCGUUUCGUUCCUGUUCUUCAUUUCCUUCUUAUCGAAAAAAAGGGGGAUUUCUCAUAUUUAGAAUCUUUCUGCGGUGUGCUCCGUUUACUAUUCUUUCGUACUUUUUUCUCUUUACCACGCGAUAGGUCAGCGAAGCGUGAGCGGGCGCGGAGAAGGAAAGGCCAAAGACUUCGGCCUAGCGGGAAUGAGCAAGGACGAAAUGACAAGAUGAGGUGCCCUGGCCACCUCCAUUUAGAAAGAAGGGUCGAAGUUUUUGGGCUUGUAGCUUUACCCGUCCCCCCUUCGUCGGGUGCUGCUUGUGUGGGGAGUGCGCCACCAGAAAUCGGUCUUGAAGCUCUCACCUUACCAACGAGCCGACAGCUGAUGGCUGUUGGUCACGACUACUACAAAAAAGCUCCAAUGAAGAUGAAUAUUUCACAUGGAGGAGUGUGCAUCUUUAUAUUGGGUGUUCUUCUGUCUAACACAAAGAAGAUACAGUUCACUCAACGAUUGCCUUUGGGUUCCGAACUCCAUAUGGGGAAGGAGCGUUGUUGUUUGCAAGGUCUCGAUUAUUUACAUGGACCCAAUUUUCAUUCAAUUUGUGGGAAUUUUCUGAUCUAUAAACCGUCCCUAACUAACGAUCGGCUCAUGUUUGAGGAUGAUGAAUUACUUCGUGUCGACCUGUUGCCAAUAAACUUUCCGGCCUCAUAUGAGAAUGGAAAACUGGAGCAUUUUCUGCAUCGGUGGAUGAAGAAUCACGAACAUAAGAAUUUCUGGUUGACCAUCUUCCCAGAAAAAAGAUACUUUCAAGAAACGACAAACACGACUGAAGUGGCUAUACAUACAAAUCCAUUACGGAUCUAUAUGCUCCGAUUGGAACUUCCGGUUCCAGAACAGGUGGCUAGUAUACUACCAUAAUGAAACUGCCUUUUAUUUUCUUUAUUCGGAUCGGAUUUAUGUUGGCUUCAUUGGGGGGAUCGCGUAGUUUGUUACGUCAGCUCCAAAAGGAUAAGUUGCCUUGGAAUCGAUAAAGUUAAGUGUAGUUCAUAAUUGCAUAAAAGGAGGAGAAGUAGCGGCUGCACCGCGUUGAGGCACUUCUUCGACGGUUCCCGUACGGCCUGCCGGCCCGCUCUGAAGAAUUCAUGGGUCGGCGGGCAGGCGAGACAGAAUGGGCGGGCACUACUAACCAAGACAAGCCCAGUUCCCGCCGAUAGGCGCUGGUAGCUUGCUUCCAAGCCUUGCCUUAUAUGAUAGUUGUACCCAUGGCCCGAAGGAGCCUUAAGCACUUGUACAAUGCUUCAAGUCAAGGCUCCCUCCCACUCGUUGCCCAGAGCCUUGACUUUCCAUGUUUUUAGUCAAAUGUGCGCUAGCGCGCUACAACUAGCACUUUUUUCUCUGAUAGACUCGCUUCUUCAAGCUCCGCCCCUU